UUCAGUAAGCGAUUACAUCAUAACUGUUUCUCGAAUUAAUCGUAAAAAUAUUUAUCUUAUCUCCCAAAUAUCGAUAUCAAUGAGUCUGAUAUUAUUUUUAGUCGAAUUCCGUUUCCUCGAAUUAUGAUUAAUCAACAAUAUUUCUACGAAUCCGAAAUCAAAUUAAAAAUUAAUUAAUAGAACCAUUGUAAAGAAUUUUUUAUGACAUUCAUUAGUAGGGUUAAUUUGGUUAGCAAUAUCCUUCGAAGUAAUUAUAGAAUAUUCAUAAAGUUAUUAUGGUAGAAGAGGUAUCAUCGUCGAGGAGAAACAAAAUGGAGUCGAAAACGCGCAGCAAGCUUUACACCGUCCGAUCGGCUCAAUUGAUGGCAACUUCAAAAUCAAGUAAUUUCAUUAAAUACAAACCACCUUUACUCCAUAAACAACGAGCAUUAUAUUUUGUCUAGAAAUUAACGUUAAAAGAAAAAUCAGUGCGUCAGGUGAAGGUCCGCCGAUCAAACGUUUGAAGAACACAUCCCCGACGAAUUUGUCCGCAUCGAGUAGCGAAAAACUAACAGAUUUUCAAACGGAAGAAUUGCUUCAGAAAAUGACUAUGAUAACAGAAUCGUGGCCUUGUCACGAUCUGGAAAGUCUCUUUGCGUCUCUCGAAGCAACUUUGGAAAGAAACGAGGAAGAUUUGUGUACAGCAAUGGAGAAAUGUUUGGAACAAUUCACAGAACUGAGAAGGAUAAAAGUACACGUGAAGAAAGAACAAGAUGAUGAUGAAGAUGAUUGAAUUUCGGUUAGAGAGAAAAGGAAUUUCUUAACAACGUAAACUCUCAUUCAGUAAUCUGCAAUUCUGUGUAAAUCGUGCCACUAAAGACCUGUGUAUUUUAAUUUGAUUGAUCAUUUUUUAUAUUGAUAAGAUUUAUCGAAGGAACACAUACAUAUACAUCAAGAUGUAAUCUGAUAUCAAAACUUCCUGUUACAACACAGGCGAGUUUAAUUUUUCGGCUUUUCACAAUGGUUGCACAACAAAGAAAGUGUUCACCUUUGUGUGGUUUUUAGCGUCGAAUUACUUUCUCUGGUGCGAAAGUGUCCCUUCCAAAAUAAAAUAUACUACUAUACAAGGUGUUUUCAAAACUCUGAUACGAUCAAAUGUCUCGUAAGGAAGAAAUUUUAAUAGAUUGUAGGUCAUUGGAUGAACUCUGCAAAAGCUAACGAUUUAAAGUCUCACUGAUAACUGAUCUACGACGAUCCACAUGAAUAGCUGUAUAGCAACGAAAUAGCCUCCUUCUUUCUCUGUAUGCUAAUUCAUGAUCAGCCGUAUUGUCGCGUCUCUCCGAUGAGGGAAGACGGAAAGCAAGAUCGAAUCUCCUGAAGAGAGGUGGAGAGAGUGAAGUAGUUCUCUAGGCUUAUCAGUUUGUGCUGGCAGCCGAGCAAUGCGUUGCUAGUCUUGCAGUUUAAUUUGUGCUCGGUAUUACGCGUGACAUACAUCCAACCCUUUACGGAAUAUAUGUGACAGUCUAUUAACUUCCGCUGAUCGAGCACCAACUGUCGGAAGUGGUUCCACUCUUCCGUCACCUCGAAGACGUUGGGUACGUCGCGCUUCACGCGACCAGAAGGAGGCUCUUCACAAGAAGCCGUUUCGGGGUUGUUAGAUCGAAAAGAAAGAUUUCUCUGAACACGGUCCUGUGGCGCAACGGAUAACGCGUCUGACUACGGAUCAGAAGAUUCCAGGAUCGACUAAAAUCUGCGAAUGUAUUUCUCAGUAUGGAUACUCGUGCUUGUGCAGUUUACACGUACACUUGGUGGAUCAACUUCCAUAGAACACAUUUUCACCGAGGAACCGCUUCUGGAUUCGUCCCGAGGGCCAUGCGAGGGCUACGAACGUGGCGAGGACGAUCUUCAAACGUUCGAUUUUAUAAGCAAAUUGAAAUUAGACCUUUUGGAGACGCAUUACUCUGGCGUGACCCGCGUUAGAGGUAGCAAUCGCAUGCAAACAGCCUACAGAUUGGAGAAAGACACCGACGUCACUUUGCCAACAAAAAAUAUACUUCCCAAUGGAUUGCCAGAGGAAUUCAGUGCAGUCUGCACGUUCAGAGCCAGGAAACUGCCUAAAUAUACUUGGCACGUUAUCAGGAUCGUCGACAUGAGAAACGAGCCCCAGUUUUUAAUCGCUGCGAAUCCAAAAAAUCUGACUCUCGAUCUUUCUGUGAAGGUCCUCACAGGAGAACUGCAGAUGGUAUCGUUCCCAGCUGAACGCAUGUUCGAUAAAAAUUGGCAUAAAAUUAACAUUGGUGCCUUCAAGGAUAAGUUAGUGGUCUAUAUAGAUUGCGAGUAUGCUGGUACGCAGGAAACGGAAGCACGGGGACCGAUUAAAGUCGAUGGUGAAAUCUCGGUAUCGAAGAUGUCCCAUAGCGAACUCACUGUACCGAUCGAUAUACAGUGGAUGGUCUUAAAUUGCGAUCCUACGAGACCGGAGAGGGAGAGCUGCGAGGAACUACCGAAGAGCCUUAGCAGCCCUUUAUUACCUCAGAGGAGACCCGGCUGCGAAAUUAUCUGUCCACAGGGACCUCCUGGAAUUAAUGGUACAAAUGGCUUGCCCGGUCUAACAGGAUUACCUGGACCUCCCGGACCAAUGGGAGAACCUGGUUUACCUGGACGCUCUGGUUUACCUGGUCCCCUUGGUGCUGAAGGCAAAAUAGGUCCGCAAGGUAUUACUGGUGCUCGGGGAUUUCCUGGCAGUCCAGGCCCAAAAGGAUCGAUCGGUCCAAUUGGACCACCUGGAGCUAAAGGGGAAAUCGGAGAAAGAGGAGAUAUGGGCUUUGCAGGACUGAAAGGAGACCAAGGAUUACCAGGACCACGAGGGUAUCCAGGUUCACCAGGUCCACCUGGCCCACCUGGAAACAUCAGCGACUAUCGUGAUACUUUAUUACGAUUCGGAGGACCACUAGGUCCUCCAGGGAAUCCGGAACAGAUCGGUUCGAAGGGCGAAAAAGGUGAACGAGGCCAAAAAGGUGAAGUAGGAGACAGAGGUUAUCCUGGACAAGAUGGUUUUCCUGGCCCAGAAGGUAAACCAGGUCUUCCUGGACUUCCUGGUCCUGUGGGAAUUACUGGUCUACCGGGAGUUCCAGGUUCUGAGGGGUUACCAGGUCCUCCUGGUGAAAUCGGUGCACCUGGACCGCCUGGAAUUCAAGGAUUAAAAGGAGAACCCUGUCAAGAUGGUUUACCUGGAUCAAUUGACGGUUCCGUAAUACCAGGACCACCUGGUAUGCCUGGGAUAAACGGUCCUCCAGGACUACCUGGUAUACCUGGGGAAAACGGUCCUCCAGGAUUACCAGGAGUACCUGGACCUAUAGGACCCCCGGGUGUACCAGGAUUAGAGGGAAAAAGUGGUCCUCCAGGUUUGCCAGGAGUUCCGGGUUCAGUUGGUUUACCAGGAAAACCAGGCCCCCCUGGGCUUAGUGACAUUAUGGGACCACCAGGACCACCAGGACUACCAGGAGUUGAUGGGAGACCUGGAGAAGUAGGUCCUAUUGGACCAUCUGGUUUCCCUGGAAGCACUGGUAUGCCAGGUUUACCCGGCGUUACUGGUAUGCCAGGAUUAGAUGGACGACCUGGGCCUCCAGGUCUUCCGGGUCCCCCUGGACCUCCAGGACUAGCAGGGUUAGAUGGGGAUAUGUUGAACACAAAUAAUGUCUUGGAAACCAUUGGUAGUCCAGGAGUUAGUGGGCCCAGAGGUUUACCAGGUUUUCCAGGAUUGCCGGGUGAAAGAGGUCCUGCUGGAGAACGAGGACCAGAAGGUAAAAUCGGACCGCCAGGAAUACCGGGGAAGGAUGGAGCUUCAGGUUUGCAAGGACCACCUGGAAUUAGGGGACAAACGGGAAUGCCAGGUCUUCAGGGACCACCAGGAAGAAGCAUCACUGAUUCAGAAAUUCGAGAUAUAUGUGCCAGUGUGUUAAGAGAGCAGAUGACUGAGAUGGCAACACUGAUGCAAGGUCCACCUGGUCCUCCUGGCCGAGGCCGUCCAGGUCGUCCUGGAUCACCUGGUCCUCAAGGUCGCCCAGAGCAGCUGAAAGAACUAACAGAGGGUCUACGAGGGCUUCCCGGGUUGCCAGGGCUGGCCCGUCAGGGCCAUUCUGGUCGAACCGGAACCCAAGGCAUCCCAGGAGAUCCAGGACCUCCGGGUCUACCCGGUGAGCGUGGUUUUGUAGGAUUACCUGGACCGCAAGGUUCUAUGGGUUCCCAAGGUCCACCCGGCGAACAGGGAGAGAAAGGUGAUAGAGGAGCGGAAGGCGUUGGAGUGGAAGGUCCAAUGGGACCAAGAGGAUUACCAGGGCCACCUGGUAAUGAUGGUGUGGGUCUAUCUGGCCGACAAGGAGAACGGGGAGAACCGGGCAGACCAGGCAUUCCUGGGAUAAGAGGGCCAGUUGGACCGCAAGGAUUACCAGGAUUUUGUGAAUUAUGUAAUUAUCCAAAUGCCAAUUAUUUACAACAUACUCGGGGUAACGAGAAAGGGCCUUAAAUUAAAAUUCAAUAUACUUUCGCGGGAGUAAAAUGCGAAAUUUUUAAAUAUCAAGAGAGAAGGUAUGACUUUACAAAUGAUGCAUUUUAUGGUCAUAAUCAGGAGGGUAAACCUACCAUUUAUGGUUACCUUAAGGAUUUUUAUGACACUCGACCUUUGAUUUCAAAAUCCAGCUUGCUAUUGAGCAAAAGUCAAUCGCCAUAAUUAAUACAUCUACCAUAAUAGUUUAAAAAAUUUUUCGAAUCACUGCUAUGUUACGAUAAUAUUUCUUAUGAAUAAUUUAGAUAUUUAACUAUAAUAUUUAAUAAGUAGAUCAAUACAAUUUGAUUGAAACACUUAUUACAAGGAAGUAUUUUCUAAGAAAUAAAAAACUGAAUAUGAGAUGAAAAGAA